CUUUUCUUUAUUUUCAAUUUAUUUUAAUCAAUUCUAAUUUCUCAUCGUUCAAUACUAGAAUGUCUUCUGUCACUUGCUCAAUUUCUGAACAAGUAAUCUCGGGCGUCAAUGCGCUGCGGUUCAUCAAAACGACCAUCACCAGCAAGCCAUUCCACGCAUACGUUGCGAAAAUCGAUGCAACACAGACGGUAGUUGAAGACCAGCUAGACGACGUCACGGAUUUUCCCACGCUGAUCGAUGAGCUGCCAGACAAUGAGCCGCGGUACAUUGUAGUGAGCUACCGUAAGGAGCACGAGGAUGGCCGGGUGUCCUACCCAUUGGUAUUUAUCUAUUAUUGCCCCGAAACGGCACCGCCACAGAAGCUCAUGCUGUAUGCGAGCACACAGACGUCAUUUGCGAAUGAGACAAAGCUGGGAAAAUCACUUUUGGUCGAGGAUAAGGAGAAGUUUAGCGAGGAGUGGGAGGAGUUAUUUUAUUAGAAUUAAUAAAAUCUAGUUUAGCAUAU